ACAACCACAUUUGCGCAUGUGACUCAAAAUUGCUUAAUUUUCAGAAGAUCAGACAAACAGACAAUUCCAUACUUUAUCUCAAUCAUGUCACGGAGGGCAAUUCAAGGAUUUGAAGCUUUACGGAACGAUAAUGGAAGUGGAUGGAAACAAGGAGCUAAAGGGAACGAGAAAAUGACGGUGACCAAUAACAACAUACCUGACUACCACAGAGCCAGGAAACCAACAUCAAGAGGAACCCAGACAGGCCCGACAGAAUCCUACACAUGGUCAUCAUCACCACAACGGAAGACCACCUCAAAUGCCCUUCAGACGCUGCGUUCUCGAAGCACGUCUCCCAAGGAGAUGGCAAUGGAUACCACCCCAUCCGUGCCAGGCUGUAUCUGUAACCGGGAGCAUACCAGCGUGGCUUGCUGUUCGUGUGGUCUGAUGCUAGCAGGAAGGGUCAGGAUUCAGUGCCCGUCUCAUCCCAACACCAUUCAUCUCAUGGACGUUGAGAGGUGUCCAGAAUGUUGCAGCGCUACCCUCACCGAGCUGAGAACCACUUGAGAGAAGUUAUGGAAUACUCUGGACAGUAUGAGGAUGAGCCUUCACUGGACUAUGGAGGGUUUAACAAAGAUUUUACUUAUCAUCUGAGUUACAAGUAGUACCGUACUAGUAUUUUUUUCUUAUGUUGCUUGAAUAGCAUCGUUAAACACUCAUAGACCCCACCAUUUUGUUUUAGCAUCUUGAGAUUUUGAAAAGGCUACAGUAUGCAUCUAAAACCAAGGAGAUGCAUAAUUUGUUUUUGAAAAAAAAAAGAAUUUGCACAAGAAAAGUUUUUGUUCUUUUUUUUUUACUGGUGUAUGAGCUCAUCAUAUUAUGAAGCUCACAAAGGAUUAUAUUAUGACAUAUAAUUAUAAAUUUAGAUGAAAAGUAAAUUGAAAGUACAGGGUUCCCAGCCAAUCAGGAAUAUCAGGGAAUUUUGUUUUCUUGAAAAGCUGGGAACCCUGAAGUAAUUAAAAAAAAGAAGUCAGUGUACAUGGCACCAUUCACCAUAAUCAUACACCAUAUAAACAUUUGGUGCCCUGCCCAGGCACAGAUAAGUUCCGUGGUAGUAUGAAAUCAGCGGUAGAUGUGAACAUACUUAGUACAUCAAUAAAAUACAACAGGAUGGUCUCAUUUCAAGGCUUGCUUAGAUGUCUCCUCCCAUCAUAGAUUAUGCUGGAACUAUCGGCCUAAGUUCAUGAGAUAGGUUUAAACUAGGAAGGGGUACAAAACGAUGGACUAUGCAGAUUAUGUAUAUGAUUCCAUGCAUAUAUGCUUAGGAGGGUCCAAUAAUGUUUGCUUUUUGCAAAGCGCUUGCAAAGGGCGCUGAACAAGAGCUAAAAUUUCCACAAUAAUAAACCUGCACAGUCCAUGGUUUUGUAUUUCCUCCUACAUGUAGUUGAAUCCUCUUAUGCCAAUUUGGGCCUUUACAUGUAUUUUUAUGGGUCAUCAUCCAUAGACAUGUAGUUCUUGUUCUUGUGAUAACCAAAGAUGUACGAACUGCAUGAAGUGAAAGGUCACAAAGGUUAUUCCUGAAAACAAAAUUAUCGCGAAAACCAAAGAACUGUUUAACUGACCAGUGUCAAACGUGGCUCAUAAUUGCUUAACAUGAAAACAAUGAUUCAAUUAGAUUUUUGGUCACAUGGUCAAAGGUCACUAAAAUCUCUACAUACAUGUAGAUCA